UGCCCAAGGGGAUUAAUUUUUUGACAGCUUUGUUAAGCCUUUUCUUAAGCGCCGAGCUUCUCAGUAACACCGCGGCUGUGUGAUUUUCAAACGGUCCCCCUCUCUCUAGCUUUCCUGUGAUUCCUCUUUGCGGGGUGAAACUGGAGAGAGAGGAGAAGCAGAGCGAGAGGUCCUUGGACAUGACAGCAGACGUCGAUUGAGUGGCUUCUCGGUGUGAAGGAAGUGGACCAUAAGGAGCUGGCUGGGAAGCUCCUCUUCAAUUAGUCACUGCAUUGCUACGGUCAACAAUUUAAUUCUCUGCAGCCCUUCUCCUGUGACCGACUGUCUGCCUUUGCCUCUGUAUUCCACCUCCCAGUUGUCUCUUCUUGUCACUCCACGUCUCUUCAUCCCUCUGUCAGUUUGUAUUAAGUUUAAUCUCUGCCCCUCCUUCCUCUGCUUCCUCUGCUCUGUCGCUUUCUAUUUCAUCUCUCCUUUUUGCUUGCCACCCCCCCAACCCCUCCAACACAAAACUCCUCGCUCCACUUUCAGUCUAAAUUCCAUCCCUUUGACGAGAACACGGGAGUUGAUAAAAUGCGUGACCUUGCCUGGGCAGGUUAAGAGAGGGAGGGAGGAAAGGGGAGAGAGAGACAGAGCCACACAGAUAAAAGGUUAAUCCUUUAACAGGUCCACACACACAUGGAGUCAAAGGACAGUGAAGGGGGCGGGGCAGUAGACAACGAAUGCAAUAAACAGGUCUGACAUUCAGGCUCACGGCGCAGGGAAGGCGGCUGAGGAGAACGUGGGAAAUGAAAGGGGAAAACCGUUGCGAGAGACGGCAUUUUCAGUCAAGCUCUGUCUCUCCUUCAUGACUUCCACUCUGCGUGAUGACAAGUGUUUGCUGCUGUUCCCAUUGGCCGAGGCUGCCACCAAUCAGAGCGGAGGCAAGUAAGGUGCCUUUAGGUUAUACCCAACCCCAAAAAAACAGAGAAGCAGAGAGAGGGAGAGAGAGAGCCAGAGGGAAAAGCAGAGAGUGUGUGUUUUGCAGUGAAUGUCCAAAGCAGGCGCCGACUCCACGGUGCACUGAAGACCUUCCCUCGUGAAGCUCCCUGUGAAAUGAUACAUUCGAGGAGAAACUGCAUGUCAGCUGUUUGUUGGAGACCCCUGCAAUUCCUCCUGGAUGCUGUGGAGAAGAAGAUAUUGGCUGUGUAGUCUGCCCCUGUGAUUGGCUGUCACACUUUAGGCUCCCCCUCCUCUCUCUGACUCCCCACUUCUCUCUCUCUCUCUCUCUCUCUCUCUGCAUCUAACUCCCUCCAUACUGUCCUCAGGCUUACCUGAGCCACAACUGCAGAAGCGCUGGACCCCUUCCUCGACACACACACACUCGCAUGCAUGCAUGCAUGCACACACACACACACACACACUCUCUCUCUCUCACCCACACACAGAAACUCAGCUUUUCACCUGGAGAGGGCAGGCGCAAGGGGCGACAUGUGCAGCAGCAGCAGCAGCAGCAGUAUCAGCAGCAGCAGCAGUCUCUCCUCACAUCUAGCGCUGCCUCUCUGAGUUGCCUCUUUCCGGCGAGCGGAGAGGAAGUUUGAGAAGAGGUUUUUGGAGCCAUUGUCCCUUGUCAAGAGCAGGAGAGACAGGGGCAGUGAGGGAUCACUUGUCAACCCAGGGAUACCAGAGGCAACACACAGCAUGAUUUUGGGAGGCAUAAACCGGGCCGGGGCAGCGGUGCCAACGUUCCUGCGGACCCACACAAUGCUCCAGCCCCACCUGGACAUGAAGCCUUUCCUGCAGUUCCCCAUGGACACCGCACCCCCUCCACACAGCAUGAGCCUCUUCCACAACUUCAACACGAUGGAUCCGGUGCAGAAGGCCGUGAUCAACCACACCUUUGGCGUUCCUCUGGUCAAAACCAAGCGGCCGGUCAUCUCCUGUAACGUCUGCCAGAUCCGCUUCAACUCAGAGAGCCAGGCAGAAGCACAUUACAAAGGAAACCGCCAUGCCAGGAGAGUCAAGGGCAUCGAAACGUCCAAGAGUCGUCCUCAGGAGGGGGACAAGCCUCAUACUGUGCCCCCCACUUCCUCCCCAUCUCCGCCCGGAGCCCCAAGCACUGUCUCAGACAGCGAGCCCAGCAAAGCGGAUGAACCACGCCCUCUUUCACAGUUUAAUGGGCCCCUGCUGGGCCCGGGGCCCCUUCCCACACUUGCCACCCCGCCCAGCCCGCCCAUGGACUCCCCCAUGCCCUUGGUGUGCCCCCUCCUGCCUACCCCAACUCCUCCCUUGAUCCCCCCAUCCUCCUCCUCCCCCCCAGGCUGUGGCAGUGGCAGCACCAGCUCAGAGCAACCCGGAUCCGGACCAGGUGCCACCGGCACCCCGGCCUCCAGCAGCCCUUCCAACCCAGAGACAGAAGAGGACAAAGCCAAGAAGCUCUUGUACUGCUCACUCUGCAAGGUGGCAGUCAAUUCCUUGUCACAGCUGGAGGCCCACAACAAAGGUACCAAACACAAAACUAUCCUAGAGGCACGGAGCGGGCUGGGCCCCAUCAAGGCGUAUCCUCGCCUGGGCCCCAAACCCAGUGGAGAGCAGGGAGGGGGGCCGGUGGACCCCAACACUCAGGAACGAACCUUCCACUGUGAGAUCUGCAAUGUGCGGGUCAACUCUGAACUGCAACUCAAACAGCACAUAUCAAGUCGAAGGCACCGGGACGGCAUGGCGGGAAAGCCUAACCCCCUCCUCAGCCGACACAAGAAGCACAGGGGCGCUGAUCUGACGUCUUCUUUGACCUUCUCCAAGGAUCUCUCCAAAGCUUUGGGUGCAGGGCUCUUGCCCAGCCCCUUGGCUGUUGCUGCAGCAAUGGCCGCCGCAGCUUCGUCGAACCAACUGGCCCUCCGUGCAGCAGCUUCUGGGACUCACCCACACCAUCACCACCACCUAUUGCAAGGCCCACCUCUCAGCCACGCCAUCCUAAGACCCGCCCCAGGGCCCAUCCGCACCACCCACGGGCCGAUCCUCUUCUCCCCUUACUGACACAUCACCUACUGACUACAGGCGGUCAGGAACAGCCACUCCAAAAGCACACUGUGAAGAUACAAAUAUGAUCAACAAACAGCAAUUGAUAGUGGGGGGAAAAAUCCAAUCAUUAAAAUAUCAAACUGAAAAAAAAACAGAGAGAAAGGAGCAGCUGUGAGGAGUAAAAGUAUGUGUCUCUCUUUCUUCCCUUUACCUGAAACUCUCCCUUCAUUUCAAAGACUUCUGGAUUAUCCACAGAUGGAAUGAGCAGAGGAGAGAUAUUCAUUAUGCAUUGAACUCCCUUGUACAUCUCUCACCUCCCCUGGUCCCUCUCCCUUGCACUGUGGCCGGGUCAUGGCCGCCUCGAUAGCUACAGAAGAAACACAUGCAGACCUUUCUAGAAACAUUAAACCACGUGUAUUGUUACAUAAUUCUUGUGGGCCAGGUUGGUUUUCUUCUGUCAUGGCGGCUCAGCGUGUUCUUCUCAUCCUAUGCACCUCAAAAACCAAGACAAUAAUGUUAUGUCAGUAGGGUAGCUGCUUCCAUCGGUCUUUGCUGUAUGCGUCACAUGUAGCUGUGGUAGCCUCCAUGGUACUGUACAUGCCCCCUUCCGCACCGGAGGGGAAACAACCUCUUCAGUUUUUUGACACUAGGUCCUCGCUAGAUACAGCAUGACUUGGGCUGACAGGCAGACGGGAGCCGCAUCUGAACAUGUCUGAUGGGGGGGUUAAGAGAGCAGAAGGGUGACUGUGGGGGGAUUGCACACAUGUCAUUUCCUGAGAGUGUGAGGUGAGAGGAGGGCUGGCACGGGUCACUGGUUGGAUUUGACCCCAGGCCACAUGCAGUCACACACACGGGCCCCAAUGAAUUUGUGUUUUAAAAUAGACCGCACCAACAACCAUCGCCACAGGGCACAUCUGCCAACCUUCAUAAGAGUCAGAGCAGAACAUCUCCAAAGGGUAAGGUUAAUGGGAGGAACAGCAGAAUUCACACAUCGGUACAUAUUGUUACGGCUGUAUGUGACAAAUGAUCACUGUCUUUAGCUUAGAUUGCAAUCGAUGGGAAGAUUAUGUGCUUUUACUUACAGUAAAUAGAAAUUCUAUAUGUGUAUACGGUGAGACUUCCAUUCACAUUAAGACAUCAAAAAAAUACUAUUGACAUCCUUCACAUCACGCUGAUGUUCAUUCACAGGUCCAUUCACUGUGUAGGUGGGAUGGUACGACUUAGGUGUGACCCUGUGCACUGAUGUAUUCAUGUUGUUUCGGCAUGCAGCCUCGCAAUAAGGUCCUGCAGGGUCAGGCUUCUGCAUCGCUGGGUUGACCUCUUCCAUUCCCGUCCUGUCCUCCUCACCUCCCCCAUUUCCAAAGGUUCAUAUGAGUCUAUGGUAGAGGGAACAUCGGCACUGGCGACCAUGAUGCUGAAAGGGGAACAAAUUAAAGAGAAGGAGGAUGAAAGCCAAGCCAAAUACAUUACUGGAGAAAUGAUCUCGAGUCGGAGUGACAACCAAGCCGGAGGCCCGAUGCGAGGCCACUCGGAACGGGAGCCCAUGGCAUCUAUCAAUACUUCCUGUCUUACAACUGAAAGCCAUGAAAUGCGCCAUGAUUUGUUUCCUUUUACAAAGACUGGUGAGCACUUUGUUUUGUUUGGUUGGACUGUUUGUGUUAAAAUCACACGUAAAAAAGAGCAAAAUUUAAAAAAAAACACAAAAUAAAAAUAUUUUUGUAGUUAGGAAAUGUUAAUAACUCCAUGAAGGGGAAAGCAGUGGAAUUAUUGGAUUGCGAAUUACGUAUGUGUCGACUCCGAUAGACUGAUUCAGCGGCGAGCCGCAGACCUGUCUUGCUCAACGGCUUGAAGCUAUCCCCCUUUUUUUCUGAACAAGAUGUACACUGUGCCCUUUCAUUGAGAAGCAAUGAGCUCUAAUGUCUUACCUUUGUCUGAAUAUUGCAAUGCAAUGAGCAAUUUUUAUCAGAGUGACUUGUUAUCAUUGUGACAUGUUGUGACAUGUUGUCCGGAGUCAUGUGUAAACUGGGAGCAUGCCAGCUGACAGACUUUUCUGUUCUUCCAUGAGGAGUGCAAGCCCUCCAAGGGAUGUGGAGAGGGACAGAGAGAGACGCAGGUGCAGCAGGGCUUAGGUACUGACCCUUCAUAUUAAAGGGCCUUUUCAAUAUGGUAAUCUCUGCUUGGGGAACAGGGUACAAUGCCAGGUAUCAAGGGAUUAAAGAUAGAUGUGUUCAGCAGGCUUUUUGUUUGUUUUGGGGGUUUUUUGGACUUACUGAAUUGCAUUUUUUUCUGUGUGUGCGAAAUGUGUCGUUGAGGAAAUCCUGAGGAACAUUAUCAAUGCCAUUACUUAAAGAAAAAGCUGGCUUUCGUGUCGGCUUCCACCGUUGUGCUCUUUUUUUGUUGUUGUUGUUGCUGAACAAAAACCUCCUCUGCAGAGUGCAGUGUGUAUUCCAGGUUCCGUGCUCUCUCUCCUGUUGGUGUGUGUGUGUGUGUGAGUGUGUGUGUGCGUGUGUGUGUACCAUAUGUAUUUUUCGUGUGUGUUGGGACCAGCUCUCGCCCCACUUCCCACCAAUUAGAGACAGAGGCAACCUGGAGCUAAAGUGGCCUAUAAUGGAGACAAAAACCUGCACAAGUUUGGUUUGGGAAGAUUUAUCCAUCAUCAGACUUGAUCAAUGACCCGACCUAAUCAAAGUACCGCAACCCUGUCCCUGGUAGGUCAGUCAAGUAGCAGCACCACAGAUGUGUUCAUAUUGUCCUUGACAUGUUCAGUCUGUAGAGACAUUGAUCCAUCCUCAUUAUUCACAUAUGGGAAAUAAAUGUUAGAUUCCUAUUUUCUGGGCAGGUAUUUCAUGUUAGCUGUGUUUAGGCUACUAGCCGUUUAGCCUUAUUCUGCCCUCAGUCUCUCCCAGAGCAGAGAGAGCGGGAGAGAGAGAUCGAGAGGCUAUGGUGUAAUUUUGUCUUGCCAAUAAAGUUAUUUUUUGAAUUUCAUUGUCACGGGGGACAAAGAGUUUGUAUGGCGAACUGUAGCAAUACCUGACUCAUUCUGGCUACUCUUGUUUAUUGCAAUAAGAAAAUAAGACAAUAAAUGUGUAUGUGAGUAAAACAUUAUAAAUGUAAUUUAAAUGAAAAAGAAAACUUUAUGGUAAAUAAUAUUGGUAUCAAGAGAAACCAUGAUGGAAAAAAAGUAAAUGUCAAUAAAUCAUUAAAUGAAA